AUGUCGGCCGCGCCAACACGGUCGUCAAGACGCGUUGCCAGCCGCCGCAAGGCCGUUGUUGACUCUGACGAUGAACUGUCGGGCAUCAGCAAGAGCCUAGACGACGAGCCCGAUGAGCUCGACCAAGACAUCUCCCAGCUGCCGCAGCGCCGAACGCGAAGCGGUCGCGCCUCGAUUGCCUCUACCACAACCGCCAAGCCUAAAGCGACGAGGGCCGCGCGCAAAACAUCAGCUCCCGUGCAGAGAUCAAAGGUAGAGCCUGAACCGACACCGGAACCUGAGGAGACACUCGCGCCUGCAGCAGAACCUGACCGAGAUGAAAACGCUGCUCGCGACCCCGCUGGCCACCUGGUCAAGACCGAGGUCAAGACCGAACCGUCGCCCUUGGAGUCACCAAAGCGUCCCCGCCGAAGUGGCACACCGCGAACAUCCCUCGCUGAGAAUCCCAAGCUCGCGCCUCAAACACCCAGCAACAAGCCUUUGUCGCCGCAUCUCGGUGGGCCUGGCGCAUCACCGCUUGGCGAUAUCACCGGCAUGAACACACGCCUCCCGGAUGUUACCCAGACGGUGAAGCCAAUGAGGUCCAUGGAUACGUUUCUUGAUAAGCCGCUCGAUAUCGUCGUGAAGCAGCGCACCAUGGCGAUCCCGUUCGUCGAGGAUACCACACCGAAAUCGCGUAUCGUUAUUACCUACCUGAUCCUCACAAACUUCAAGAGUUACGCCGGACGGCAAGAAGUCGGACCUUUCCACGCUACCUUCUCGUCCGUAGUCGGGCCCAAUGGAUCCGGAAAGUCUAACGUUAUUGAUUCGCUCCUCUUCGUAUUUGGUUUCCGUGCCAGCAAGAUGCGACAAGGCAAGAUCUCGGCUCUUAUUCACAAUUCGGCGCAAUACCCUGACCUCGACCACUGCGAGGUCGCCGUUCAUUUCCAAGAAGUCAUGGAUCAGCCUGGCGGUGGCCAUGUUGUUAUUCCCGACUCGGAAUUAAUCAUCUCCCGCAAGGCGUUCCGAAACAAUUCGAGCAAAUACUAUAUCAAUAACAAGGGUUCCGACUUUACAACUGUCACUACCCUCUUGAAGGACAAAGGUGUAGACUUGGACCACAAGCGUUUCCUGAUCCUCCAGGGUGAGGUCGAGUCCAUUGCUCAGAUGAAGUCCAAAGCCGCAAACGAACACGAAGAUGGACUUCUAGAAUAUCUCGAGGACAUCAUUGGCACCUCCAAGUAUAAGACGCCCAUCGAAGAAUCAGCUGCCGAGGUUGAGUCUCUCAACGACAUCUGUGUUGAGAAGAGUAGUCGUGUGCAACACGUCGAAAAAGAGAAGAGUAGUCUGGAGGGCAAGAAAGAUAUUGCCCUUGCCUUUAUCCGCGAUGAAAAUGAACUCACAAUCAAGCAGUCGGCCCUGUACCAACUCUUUCUACACGAAUGCAACGAAAAUAUCAGCGUUACGGAAGAAGCCAUCAACCAGAUGCAGGCGCAGCUCGAUGAGGAACUCGAAAAGCAUCAAGGCAGCGAGACCCUGAUCAAGGAUCUCCAAAAGCAGUAUAAGCAAGUAAGCAAGGAGCUUGAUGCGCAAGACAAGGAAACCCAGGCUCUUGCAAAAGAGAUGGCACAGUUUGACCAGGAACGCGUCAAGUUUGACGAGAAGAAAAAGUUCCUCGACGACAAACGCAAGAAAUUCGAGCGCACCAUAUCCAACGCCGAGAAGGAUUCUACGACAGCCGACGAAACUGUAGCUGAGAGCUCAAAGACCAUGGAGAAAAGCACCAAGGACGUCGCAGAUCUCGAGAGCCAAGUUGAGGCCGAGGAGGCCCAGCUCAUCAAGAUUCGAGAGGGCCUUCAGGGCAAAACGCAAAAGUUCUCGGACCAAAUCGCCGUCAAGCAAAAGACUUUGGAGCCUUGGUUAGAGAAGAUCAACGAAAAGCAGUCAGCCAUUGCCGUUGCCGAGAGUGAGCUGACCAUUCUCCAAGACAAAGAGAGUGCGGGUGCCGUUGCUCUGCAGGAGCUUGAAACCAAGAUCAAGACGAUUGAAACUACAAAGGCGGAGAAGGCCAAGGAGCUCAAGGCAUGUGAAGCUCAAAAGUCAAAGCUGGCCAAAGAGGCCGAGAAGAUGCAGUCAGAACUCGACAUCCUCUCCGAGCAGGAGCCCAAGAUGCGAGCCAAGAUCUCCAGCACCAGACAGAAAGCUGACGAGGCCCGCUCAAGCCUAGCAAGCACGCAGACGCGAGGCAAUGUUCUUGCCGCUCUCAUGCGCAUGCGCGAAUCCGGGCGUAUAGAAGGAUUCCAUGGCCGCCUCGGCAAUCUUGGUACGAUUGAUGAAAAGUACGAUGUCGCUGUCUCUACCGCUUGCGGAUCGUUGGACAACUUCGUCACUGAAACUGUUGAAUCUGGCCAACAAUGCAUCGAAUAUCUUCGCAAGAACAAUCUCGGCCGCGGUAACUUUAUCUGCCUGGACAAGCUCAAGGACCGAAGCCUUGCUCCAAUUCAGACCCCCGAGAACGCUCCCCGUCUGUUUGAUCUGGUCAAGCCCCAGCAUGACCGCUUCCGACCUGCAUUUUACCAUGCUAUGCAAGACACACUUGUAGCAGUUGACCUGGCCCAGGCCAACCGAAUUGCUUAUGGUGCCAAGCGCUGGCGAGUUGUUACUCUUGCCGGCGAGCUCAUUGACAAGUCUGGUACCAUGUCCGGUGGUGGCACAACUGUCAAGAAGGGGCUCAUGUCAUCCAAGCUCAGUAGCGACGUCACCAAGGAGCAGGUUUCCAAGCUGGAGCAAGACAGAGAUACAUGGGAAGCGAAGUUUCAGGAGUUUCAAGAGUACCAGCGAGAGUGCGAGAAUCGCAUGAGGGAAAACAACGAAGAAAUCCCCGCCCUCGAGACCAAGAUCCAGAAGAUUGGACUCGAAGUGGAGAGCGCGACUCGCAACAUCGCUGAUCUGCAGCGCCACACCAAGUCCGUCAGCCAAGAGUAUCGGCCAUCUGCCACGGAUGCUUCAAGAAUCAAGGAGCUGCAAAAGGAGAUUGUCUCACUCAACUCUGGAAUCGAGAAGCUACGUGGUGAGACUUCCAGCGUCGAGGAGGAGAUCAAGGCGCUACAGGACAAAAUCAUGGAAGUCGGUGGCGAGAAACUUCGCAUGCAGCGUGCGCUUGUGGAUGGUUUGAAGGAUCAAAUCGCGUCACACAACGAAGAACUUUCCUUCGCCGAGGUUCGCAAGGCCAAGGCCGAGAAGCAAAAAGUUAAGCUGGAAAAGGACGUGGCCAAGGCCGCCAAGGAACGUGAUGCUGCUGUUGCAGAACUUGAGAAACUCGAAGACGACAUCGGAAACCAGGGCAGCAGGGCGGAUGAGCUUCGCCAAAGUGUUGACGAAGCACGGGCGGCGCUCGCUACCAAGAAAGCUCAGCUUCAAGAAUUGAAGGAGGAGCUGGAUGUCAAAACCUCUGAGCUCAACGAAACCCGUGCUAUUGAGAUUGAGAUGCGAAAUAAGCUAGAAGAGAACCAAAAGGCUCUUGCAGAGAACCAGAAGCGUCAUCGUUACUGGGACGACAAGCUCUCCAAGUUGGUUCUCCAGGACAUCAACGACCUUAUUAGCGAGUCCGCGCCGAAGCGUGCAACACCUGCUCCCGAGACCCGCGCAGACAAGUCUCAGGUCGACUCCGAAGACGUUGACAUGGAGGAGGAUGAGCACGCAGACAAGGGCGACGUUAGCAUGGAGGGCACAGAGGCCUCCCAAGCCGAGCAGCCUGAGCGCUCAAUACACCAACCACAGGAGCUACCUGAAUACACCCCUGAUGAGCUGGCUGAGAUGAGCAAGGAAACCCUGAAAGGGGAAAUUGCCGUUUUAGAGGAGAAGACGCAAAACGUGGCUGUUGACCUGGGCGUUCUUGCCGAAUACCGUCGCCGUGUCGAGGAACAUGCCGCAAGGUCUUCCGAUCUUCAGACAGCUCUUGAUCAGCGUGACUCUGCCAAGAAGCGCUGCGAUGACUUGAGACGCAUGCGACUGGAGGGCUUUAUGGCCGGCUUCAGUGCUAUAUCCCUACGCCUCAAGGAGAUGUAUCAGAUGAUUACCAUGGGCGGUAACGCUGAGCUGGAACUGGUCGACAGCCUGGAUCCCUUCAGUGAAGGCAUUCUGUUCAGUGUCAUGCCUCCGAAGAAGAGCUGGAAGAACAUUGGCAAUCUCUCUGGUGGCGAGAAGACGCUGAGCAGUCUUGCGCUUGUGUUUGCUUUGCAUCACUACAAGCCCACGCCAUUGUACGUCAUGGACGAGAUCGAUGCUGCUUUGGAUUUCCGAAACGUUUCCAUCGUUGCAAACUAUAUUAAGGAGCGGACUAAGAACGCCCAGUUCAUUGUCAUUUCACUCCGAAACAACAUGUUUGAGCUUGCUGCUCGUCUAGUCGGCGUGUACAAGGUCAACCAUAUGACAAAGAGUGUGACAAUUGAGAACCAAGACUACAUUGCCCGCCCACAGCCACCACCACGGCCGACUAUGGGUGGCCAUACGACAACACUGGCGCUGAGAUGA